AUGGCUACUACAUACACCUCUUUAAAUUCUACGCAAAUGUUUAAUGAAAAGCAGGACAUUAUUAAUAACCGUGAUGAUGUUGAAUUCUCAUUAGAAAAUGUAAAUAUUAAUUUGGAAAGUAAUUUUGUGACAAAGAGUGAUUUAAAUAACAUUUUAGAAAAAAAUAAUGAACCCGAAGUAAUGGAAAGUACUGCUGAAAAUAUUAAUGACGAUCGUUGUGAUUAUGGUGACGACGAUUAUAAUACAAUUAUUAAAGUUGGCGAGGAACCUGACGUAAAAGAGUUUAAAGCAGGGUCUGUCAUCUUGAGCUCUCGUUCCGCUUAUUUUCGUAUUGCCCUUUCACACGAAUGGGCAAGGAAAGAUGGCGAUAAAUUUUAUCUCGAGAAACCAAAUGUAAAACCACGAGUAUUUGAUGUCAUCCUCAAAUAUUUGUAUACAGAAGAAUUGAAAUUAGAUGAGCUAGAUGCGGAUGAUAUAUAUGGACUUUUUAGUGCGGCCGAUGAAUUCAUGCUUGAUGAUCUGUUGGAGAAGGUACCGGAUGACAUUGGGGAGAACAUGGAUUUUUGGCAAGAUCAAGAUUGUGUUCCAGUGAUGAGCACAAUAUUUGGAAUGGAUUCUUAUCAAAAACUGCGAAAAUAUUUGGUUAACAAGAUCAACGCUUACCCUCAAUGGCUACUAGAAGCUGAAGAUUUGUGCUGUAUCGAGGAGCAUGUGCUUGUAGGAUUUCUUCGACAAGAAAACAUGGCCUUUGAUCACAUCACCCGUUGGAAUCUUAUCAUUCAAUGGGCGUUGAGUCAACAUCCUAAUCUUGACAAUGAACUCCUAAAAAGUUGGUCUGAUGAUGAAUUUGGAAUGCUCGGAAUAACAAUUCGAAACCUCAUUCCUCUAAUCCAAUUUUCUGAGAUAUCAAGAAACGAUUUUCAUUCUAAAAUUUUGCCAUACGAGAGGAUAUUACCCCAAGAUACUGAAGAUUAUACCCUCAAAUGGUAUUUGACAAAGUAUAGGGCUCGCAGUUCUCAGGGUCUCAAAAAUUCAAAUCUCAUAAAUCACGUUCAUGCUGCUCAUUUUAUAAAAUGGAUUGGCGGAUCGGCAAGACGAGAUGAAAAACAGCCAAAGAUCCCGUGUAGGUGUAAGUUUGAUCUUGUUUACCGGUUAUCUCGAGAUGGAUUCAGUAGUUAUUCGGAAAAGUGUAAUCAAAAAGGACCUACCCUUGCAAUAGCGAAGGUCGCUGGUCAACGAUGUUUGAUCGGAGGUUACGAUCCUUAUGGACUUCACACCAAUAAUAAGAAUAUUUACAAACCUGAAGGAAUAAGUAUGAAGGAUAAUUUUAUUUUCUUUUUCGAUAACCGAGAAAACAAGUCUGAAAUAACAAGGUGUCGAUUGAGUAAAUUUGACGUAUUAUAUCGUAAUUUCUUAUCUGAAGACGGUCCGUGUUUUGGAGAUUUACGCCUGAUAUUGAAAUAUAAUAGUGGGGUAUUCAUGCCCUCUUUUUACACUUCCAAUGCUUCCAAUUUAUCCAAAAUGUUUUUUGAUAUCGAAGAGUGCGAAAUUUUCAAGGUCACCAAGAUGGAGGGAGCAGAAAAACCACGUUCUAAUCCUGACAUUGAAAACUUUAUUUGA